CUCAUAGGUUCUCCUUUUCUUUUCUUUUCUUUUUUUACUAUUUAUUUAUUCCUCAAUAAAUCAUUUUUCCCGCAAAGUCACCUUUCCCGCCGUCCCCUCCUGAAACCCAGAGAUCCCAUUUCUUUCCCUCCACCCCAUCUCCGCCGGCAUCCCCACAGCCGCUCAAAUCUCUCUCUCUCUCUUUGCUUCCAAUCCAUUUCCCUCCCUUCCCAAUCAACAAUCGAUCAGCUUCCCCACAUCCUCCAGCCUGCCUUGUAAUCAACAAUCAAUCAUCGCCUUUUCCGGUUCAUCCGAAACCCUAAACCCAGUUUCUCCGGCGGACGGACUUCCGGCCAAUCCCAUUGUAAAGCUCCUCUCUUUUCCCCCUCCGCCGUAUUGGGCUGGCGAUUCCAACUGGAAAUUCAUCUUCGCCGGUCCUCAAAUUUUUGCUAAAUGGAAAAUGAAGCAACCGCUGCCCUGAUCGUGAUACCCAAGCUUGAGAAGCUAUCGGAUGCUGCAGAAGAAGGAAGGGAAGGGGAAGGGGAAAGGAUCGAAUUGAAGAGCUUGAGAUUAUGUUUAAAGUUUCUAUGCGUGGAGGAUCAAUCCAAGCUCUGGACGUCGUGCCUGUCGUGGUCGGUGUUCUUCCUUCUCACCGUUGUCAACCCGAUCGUCUCCCACUUUCUGCUUUUGUGCGCUGAUUGUGAUCAAGAGCACCAGCGACCAUACGACUCCGUGGUGCAGCUGUCUCUGUCUCUUUGUGCUAUCAUUUCUUUCCUCUGCCUGUCUUAUUGGUCACGCAAGUAUGGGUUCAGGAAGUUUCUGUUUCUGGACAAGUUGGAUGAUGAGAGCCCCCGGAUUCGUCGAGGAUACCAGCAGGAGCUCAAGAGAUCAAUGGGGCUUCUGUGCACAUUUGUGCUGCCCUGUUUUGCGGUUGAGAGUGCAUACAGAAUAUGGUGGUAUGUUACUGGAGCCUUCGAGAUACCCUAUGUGGAGAACAUGUACUUGAGCGACACAAUCAUCUGCAUAUUGCAGCUGGCCUCCUGGGUUUACCGCAUCUCGAUUUUCAUCCUGGUCUGCAUUCUAUACCGGCUCAUUUGCCAUCUCCAGAUACUCAGACUGGAGGAGUUCGCGGACUUCUUUCAGACUGAGAGCGAGGUUGGUUCGAUUUUGAAAGAGCAUCUCAGGAUCAGAAGGAACCUAAGGAUUAUAAGCCAUCGGUUCAGAAGGUUCAUUCUCUCGUCUCUGCUCCUGGUCACCGCUAGUCAGCUGAUGUCAUUGUUCGUCACUACUCGGUCAUCUACUACUAACAACAUCUAUGAGGCUGGAGAACUCACGCUCUGCUCUAUUAAUCUGGUGAUAGGGCUAUUCAUAUGCUUGCGAAGUGCAACGAAGAUCACCCACAGAGCACAGGCCAUUACAAGCCUUGCUGCCAAGUGGCACGUCUGCGCAACUAUCAACUCAUCGUACGAUCCAAACAUCGCGGAUGGCGACACUCCAACAAGCCAUCAGGUAUCUGAUCCCGGCUGUGGUCAGGUGCACCCCAUCAAUAUUGGGUGGGUGUUGGAUGAAGAUGGGGAUGAUAAAGAAGAAGAUGACGAUGAUGAGAACUCCAAUAUCUCCAACAUGGUGCCGAUUUUCGCACAUACAAUCUCUUUUCAAAAGAGACAAGCUCUAGUGACGUAUCUAGAGAACAACAAGGCAGGAAUGACGGUGUUUGGGUUCAUGAUGGAUAGGACGUGGCUUCACACCAUAUUUGGAGUUGAAUUAGCCCUCCUCCUAUGGUUGCUUAAUAAGACAAUAGGCCGAGAAGAGGCCGCCCCAGACGUCGGAGCUGCCGCCGACGCGAGGCGCGUUCAUCCGGCGUACCCGAUGACUGCGCCUAUGCCGAAAGCGCCGCCGAUGUCGUCGAGGAUGUUGUCCGGGCAGGCUCCCUGGAUGUUCUCCGGCGUACCCGAUGACUGCGCCUAUGUCGAAAGCAGUCGCCGCCGUUCGACAGCCCCAUCCUGCACCCGAACACUUCCAGCGCUGCGCCGGCGGCGGCGAAGAUAA